AUGAGCGCGAUCGCUCCCUCGCUCCAGAUCCCACGAUCAGUAAACAACACCCAAGGGAGUAUUGCUGAGUUGGCAGCACAGAUCACAUGUUUGUUCUGGUUCGAGAGCUCUAGCACACUAGACCGGGCUGAUGACCCUGCAACGACGUACAACGUGCAUUCACUGGUACCCGAGGCAAUUCCCACAACAGGCUUCCGCAAGUGGGUGACGACCAUUCUCUCGACGACCCAGGUGACACAGAAUGUCAUCAUCCUCGCUCUCCUGUUCGUGUACCGCUUGAAGAAGCUCAAUCCGAGUGUCAAAGGAAAGCCUGGCAGCGAGUACCGUCUGCUCACCGUGGCACUCAUGCUCGGCAACAAGUUUUUGGACGAUAACACAUACACAAACAAGACAUGGGCCGAGGUUUCGGGCAUUUCGGUGGCUGAAGUACACAUCAUGGAAGUUGAGUUCUUGAGCAACAUGAAAUAUGCUCUGUUUACCUCAGCCGAGGAGUGGGCACAAUGGCAGACCAGGCUGGGCCGCUUUGCCAGUUUCUUCGACCGCGCUUCGAGACCCAUGCCUCAACUACCACAUACCCUUCCUUCGCCGCCGACCUCAAACCACGCCUCGCCUCCCUACUAUGGUGCCACUAACCCCGUCACUCAAUCUUUCCCUCAGUACCCCUCCUCUCUUGGCCCGCUUCCCGAUCUGUCCUCUCAGGUCUCACGGAAGAGAAGCCUCGACAGCUACACUGAGCCACCAGCCAAGCGAGCCGCCCCGGCAUACCCUCCACCUGCUCAGAACCAGUCUCAAUUUGUUCCAAGGGUCACGCUGCCAAGCCUUGCACUCCCGCAACCUCAAUCUCAGUCUUCGCAGCACAUGCCGCUUCAACUUCCUCAGCUGCCUCCACUCAAUUAUUCGCAGCGUCCCGUCAGUCAGGUAACCCAGCCUCCUACUUCGUGGACUCCGGCAACCGCUAUCCCACCUGCUGUCUCGCACGCUUCCACACCAGCUGCCAUGGCUUCGGUGCCCCAAUCUGUCAUCCAAUCCAGACAUCAAAGCCCUUUCCCCACUUCCGCCGCCGCUUCUCCCACCGACGGUCAUUUCCAAGCUGCAGGCCAGACUCAUGUCUCUCAGUUGUCACCAUCCUUCUUCCUGGCUCAACGUAAUAGCCCGUAUCGCCCGGUUCGUGGUGUAUCGACUCUGCUUGUUCCGCCACCUUCUCGGGCCAUGCAACAGCCUCAGAAUGUGCAGCACGAGCAAAUGCAUUAUCAGCCACUCGGACGUCCUCAGGAGCGUCAACAAGGUCGUCUGCCUUACAUCGAAAGCCAGUGGUUCGAUCAUCCUUCGUCCGCCAACCAGUGGUAUUCGCAAACCCAACAGCAUCAUCUACCUCCACCGCCCUUCUACAACAGAGUCUAG